CAGUUGCGCCCACGCUGUUGCGAUCGAGCAAAAAAAUCAUCACUCGUGCAUGGAGCAAACCUUGCAGACUUUUCUUCGACCAUUUUUUUCCCUUCCCCUUUCCUACCCCGACUUAGCCUGGCGCAUAAGUCAAGUCAAACCGCACCUUCCUUCCUCCACAAUAACAUCUUGCCGUGACAAACCACAAAUAGCCACGGUCACUGCUGAUUCUUUGCCCACCUCAACUGCCUUCGAUUCUCUUGCAUCUGUCGGGCCUUCCUGCUCCCGCGGUUUCCGGCCAAACGCCGCAGUCUCCCUCGGCGGAUUGAUUGCCCCACCCACGCGCCUUCUCCCACCAAAAACGACUCUCAGCGAAUUUGCGCCUUGCAUCAACCAAGCCGCCUCCGAACCUCCGCUAGAAAGGUGGCCAAACGCAGCCCGCCCUUCGCCCGUCUCUUCUCGACACCCCUUGAUCCUCGCUGGAGAACUGGUCCAGCACUCUGUCCGCUCUGCGCAUCAUCGUCCCCGCACCGAAUCUCAUCGCCCUCGCCCCCGUGUGACCACAAACAUGUCCACCCAGGUCGACCUCUCGACAAUCCCCAUCUCUCCUGAUGGGGACAACGGCCCUUCGUCCUCUAGCGUGGACAAGGAGAUCACAGUCUUCCACGACCAGAACAACUUCAACGUCAAGCACCCGCUGAUGCACAACUGGACUCUGUGGUUUACCAAGCCUCCUAGCGGCAAGGGCGACAACAACUGGAACGAUCUGCUGAAAGAGGUCAUCACUUUCAACUCGGUCGAGGAGUUCUGGGGUAUCUAUAACAACAUUGCCCCCGUCUCGGAGCUGGCGCUCAAGUCCGACUACCACCUGUUCAAGGAGGGCGUUCGGCCAGAGUGGGAGGACUCUCAGAACAAGCAUGGCGGCAAGUGGUCGUACAGCUUCAAGGAUAAGCGCAGCAUCGGCAUCGACGAGCUAUGGCUUCACACGAUGCUGGCCGCCAUCGGCGAGACCCUGGAGGGGGAGGAUGACGGCGAGGUGAUGGGCGUGGUCGUCAAUGUGCGCAAGGCUUUCUACCGUGUCGGUGUCUGGACACGGUCCACCGGCAAGUCUAUCCCUGGUCGCGGCGAGGGUGAUGUUGCUGGCGGCAAGGGCCGUGCACCCGAGAAGAGUAAGGGCAUCCUCAUGGAUAUCGGCAAGCGUUUCAAGGAGGUCCUCAAGCUGCCGCCCAACGAGAUCAUCGAGUUUUCGGGCCACAACGAUGCCGCCCACAGCGGCAGCACGGGGGCCAAGGCGAAAUUCACCGUCUAAGACACGUCCCGGAUGAGCGAUUGACUCUUCGCACCCUGCUUUGAGCGUGGCCCGGGGCUGGAUGGAUCAUGUGACUGUUCGUCACCACCCGGCUCCGAUCUUAUAUCAUUUUUCUCUUUGCUUUUUGACCAAAACUCAAGGUUUCUGCGCAAGCUCAUGUCUCCUAUCUCACUGCACAAUUAGGACACACAUACCACCCGGGAAUAUCAAUUUCGAGGGCUUUCACUUUUCACGGGCUUUUCAGCAUUGUCCAUGCACUAACCGUGUUCUUGUUUUACCCCCAUCCUCCUUGUUUUCUCACUCCUCAUUGUAUUCCCCGCGAUUCUAUCUCUGGAUCACUUGGAUGUGCUGCUGGAUGUCUGGCUUGACGAGACGAGGCGACGAGAAUUGCGAAAAACAAAGCAUUUAGCAGCCUCCAAAACGCCGAGGUACCGAUAUGGGAAAGGGCCAUCCACUCAGGUGUCUAGGCGUUGCGUGUGCGCACCUACCAGGUAGAGGCACAUAUGUAAUAGGGGACUAGGGCGACUGGGCUUUUUUUUUUCUUUUUUGCGCGCUGUGAUAGCUGAAGUUUAGCAAACACUCACACUCGCAUGGUGCGAUGAACUCGCAAGAAAGCCGGGAAUGUUUCAUCUUCAACGAUAUGCGCUCACCGGGCACAUUGUGCUUUUCCCCAUGGUGCCAGCGGACGAGGCUCAAGGCGAAGUAAAAGAGGAGACUGGACAGGUAGCUAUCUGCCCGUGUUGAGAUCUUCUGGAGUAGGUAACUGCCUACCUUUAGACACAAAACAAAUCGGUUGAACAUUCUAGCUUACCUAGUUCUAUCCAAGUAUUUUCAUCUAACCCUCGAUAUUGUACAAGCAACACCCGA